UUUUUUUUUUUUUUUUUCUGUUUAUAAAUUUAUGGGAGCGCAACAAUCUUUUAUAACCAGUACGAGUUCGACAGAAACAGCCAACGAUUUAUGGAGAAAAGAGAGUACGAAGAAGGGGUUUCAAGCGGUAGGGGCACUGGGAGCGUCGAUCGUCUUUGCACCGGCGGUUAUUCUUGCGCUUCCGUUUGUGGGGGCGUAUGAAUUUAGCACGGCUCUCGAAAGUGAAUUAAUGACAGGUUAUCCCAUCAUGGAUGGAGUUCUGGGAGGUCUCUUUGGGGUGAUUGUGAGUCCUUUAGCCCCCUUUUAUUGUUUCCUCGUUACCAUCCAAGACAUCUUUGACAUGAAGUAUACCCCAAAGGCAUUCGACGAACAGUAUUUAAAAAAAGCAGAGGAUAUGUUGAGAUUGGAUUCGAGUUAUUAUAACGUGGCUGUCACUGGGUGUCCUGGAACCGGAAAGUCUAGUUUAUUAAACGGGUUGCUUGGAUACAGAGCCCAUCAUACAAAAGCAGCACCAGUAGGAGAAAUUGAAACGACGAUUGAACCAAAAGGAUACCGACAUCCGGUAUUAAACAAAUUAUGUUUAUGGGAUAUGCCUGGUAUUGGUACGCCACGACAUCCAUCGAAACCAUUUUUUGAGAAUUACUGUCUUGGAGCAUUUGAUGCGAUUCUGAUUGUAUUUGACGAACGCUUGAUGGCUACGGAUAUUGAAAUUGCACGACGAGCCAGAAAAUACAGCGUGCCUGUGUUUUUUGUAAAGAAUAAAUCGGAUCUGUCGCUAGAAAGAAAGAUGGAACGUAUGGAGGAAGGGAAGGUGAAAGAUAAAUGGGCAUUAGCGGUAUCGCAAUUGACGAUGGAUAUCAAGGAUACGGUUUAUAAGAAUAUGCGACAAUUUGGGUUGGAUACGAAUCAGUUAUACAUGGUAUCUUCCCAUGUGAUGACGGAAUUUGUGAUUCUUUUACGAGAUCGAAAAUCGACAGGACAAAUGAAGCUAAUACAUGAAAAAGUGCUGAUUACCAACUUAUUAGAUACACUUGCAGAUAGAAAGAGAUGCAAUUCCAUGAAAUAGAUUUUUUGUAAAUAAAUUAAAACUUUUUUUUU